CAAUUUUUGAAGGGUAUUUUUCUUCCCUCUAAAUCCUUCCAAGGCAAAAUGAUAGGGAUUACCUACCUAGUAUGAAAUAUUUAUGUCCAACCUAACAGCGACUAGAAACCAGACAGUAAGACGAGAAAUCAUGGCCCACCUGUGUCUUUUAGAGAGAGACAAAAAAUAAAGCUAGGCUUCUGAAAAGGAAAUUGUGGUGUACAGGCUUUUCUGGCUGGUAUUUUCAUACCGAGAGUUUCAUUUUCAGAGUAAUGUUCUGAUUCCUUUGCUUAAUACAACAUUUAAUCAGCUUCCCCUAUUGCACAGAACCUGCUUUCCAGGGUAUGUUCCCGCAAAAAUCAGAUUCAUCUUGCUUUGUUUAUCUUUUGAAGUUUGUGCAUGUUUUAACGCAUUAUUUGAUUGUUUUCUCUCGGUUUCUGUGUAGUUUUCAGCCUGUUCUCAUGCUUGUUCUUAGCAAGUAAUUGUGUAAUUUCCUGUAAAUGAGGUGCAGGAUUCACAUGGUGUUUAAGAGUUUGGGAGUAGUUGUCUGUGUAUUUUUCAGCCUGUUCUCAUGCUUGUACUUAGCUAGUAAUUGUGUAAUUUCCUGUAAAUAAGGUGCAGCAUUCACAUGGUGUUUAAGAGUUUGGGAGAACUUCUCUUGUUUUCCUCAUAGAAUCCGCAUCUUCUUUCCAUGAAUUAACAGAACUUUACUCGUGAUGUGAACCUUAAUUUUCUGCUUUAAAGUUUCAUACAUUGUAAACUAUAACUGCAACUCGAAGACCUCAAAUAUAUGCAUAUUAUGAGUUCUUAUGAUUUCUAUUUGGAGCUUAUGGAGUACGUAAUAGCAUCAGCAGCUGGAUGUGGUAGAAAGUUUUCAGUUAGACUAAUGAACAUGUUUCAGAACAAUGGCAGCAGAAGCUGUUAAUGUGAAGGAAUUCCAGGAGUUGGCCAGACAAGUGCUUCCAAAGAUGCACUAUGAUUUCUAUGCUGGAGGUGCCGAGGAUCAGUACACCUUAAAAGAGAAUGAAGAAGCAUUUAAAAGAAUAAUUAUCCAGCCUAGAGUUCUUGUGGAUGUGAGUGGAAUUGAUCCAUCAACUACAGUGUUGGGUUUUAAUAUCUCAAUGCCAAUUAUGAUUGCUCCUACUUCUAUGCAUAAGCUGGCAAAUCCAGAAGGGGAGCUUGCCACCGCCAGAGCAGCAGCAACUUGUAACACAAUAAUGGUCUUAUCUUCCUCUUCUACCUACCGUUUGGAAGAGGUUGCUGCCUGCUGCAACGCUGUUCGGUUCUUCCAAUUAUUUAUGUACAAGAAACGGGAUGUAUCAGCUAAGCUGGUGCAGAGAGCUGAAAGUAGUGGAUACAAGGCUAUUGUUCUAACUGCUGAUACUCCAAGACUUGGUCGUAGGGAGGCAGACAUAAAGAACAAAUUGAUUGUACCUGAGUUCGAGAAUUUGAAAGGCCUACUAUCAACUAAUGUUGUUCCUGAUGGAGGCUCAAGUUUAGCAGCUUAUGCCAAGGAGACUCAAGAUGCUUCUCUUAGUUGGGAGGAUAUAGCAUGGUUAAAAUCUAUAACAAACAUGCCAAUUCUGAUCAAGGGUAUACUCACUCAUGAAGAUGCAACAAGGGCUGUUGAAGUUGGUGCCGCUGGGAUUAUUGUCUCCAACCAUGGAGCUCGCCAACUAGAUUACUCUCCUUCUACUAUAUCUGUUCUGGAAGAGGUGGUACAUGCCACUGGAGGAAAACUUCCAGUUUUCCUUGACGGUGGAAUUCGGCGAGGAACUGAUAUUUUUAAAGCAUUAGCCCUUGGAGCAAAAGCAGUCCUGGUUGGGAGGCCAGUUAUCUAUGGUCUGGCAGCAAUGGGGGAAUACGGGGUGAAACGAGUUUUGGAACUGCUAAAGAAUGAGUUUGAGCUCACCAUGGCCCUUGCUGGCUUGCCCAACCCUAAGGAUGCCUAUUUACAUUAAAGCAGAUCUUAACCUGAAAAAUCUAUGAUGUGUGGCAAUAAAUCUUUAAUGUGUCCAUGUUUAUUGGUUACAUCUCUAUUGCAUUAAAGAACUAAUUUUCCU